UUUUUAGUGAUGGCCGAUGGUUCAGUUGGAAGGGAUGCUAAAACGACCGUUGCCGAAAUUUUGUGUUAAUUUAAUCACGUUUCCAAUCCGUCGGUGUUUAAAAGUGAAUGAAAUUAAUCAGGAAAAACGUUUCCCGUGCAUUAGUGUUUUGCGUGUCAGUUAAAUUGCUUGUGUGAUACGGUGCUAGAAUGUUUGUUGUGUCGUUAUAAUAAUAGGAUCAGUGGAAGAUACGUUAUAUUGGAUUACGGAUCGGUGUUUAUUUAAUUUUCAAGAAAUACAGAUAGUGUUGUGCUCGUGCCUGUGAAGUGCAUCGAUGAUACUCUAGGAGCUCCGGGACGGGGGCGCCACGCUGCUCGGAUUUAUCAUUUAGGGGCGGUGUGUGAUUGUCGCACCGCCAUGUCGCACCACAGCGACGAGCAGUCCAUGCUCACAGUCACCUCAGACUCCUUCUGGGAGCCGGGCAACUACAAGCGGACCACGAGACGAGUCGACGAUGGGCACAGGCUAUGUGGGGAGCUACAGGCCCUGGUACAGGAGAGAGCGGAUAUAGAGAAGACCUAUGCCAAAAGCUUGAGAGGGUGGGCGAAGAAAUGGAACGAUCUUAUAGAGAAAGGACCUGAAUACGGCACGAUGGAGGCGGCGUGGAAAGGCGGCAUGGUUGAGGCGGAGAGAUUGUCCGACUUACACCUCACCGUCCGCGACCGGCUCGUCAACGACGUCAUAGCGCAGAUCAAGAACUGGCAGAAAGAUACCUACCACAAGUCGAUGAUCCAGCUAAAAGAAAGGAAAGAAAUGGACGAAGCGUUCAAGAAAGCGCAGAAACCGUGGGCCAAGCUGCUGCAGAAAGUGGAACGUACGAGGCUAGAAUACCACACGGCGUGCAAGCAGGAGCGGACCGCGCAGAACCAGGAACGAAACGCUGGAGGAGACAGUUCGCUGAGUCCUGAUCAGCGUCAUUUACUGGUUAAGAAAAUGGCGGAGCGCGUAUCCAAAUGCCGCGAGGAAGUGUCCAAAUCCCGAGAGAAAUACCAAGCGGCUCUCGCUGAGAUCACCGCCUACAAUCCUCGCUACAUCGAGGACAUGAGCGGUGUCUUCGAGAGGUGUCAGCAGAUGGAAGCCCAGCGGCUGACGUUCUUCAAGGACGUACUGUUCAGCUUCCACAAGUGCCUCAACAUCAGUCAGGAGCCUACAUUACCCCAAAUCUACGAGGAGUUCCACCACACGAUAAACAAUGCAGACCACCAAAAGGACCUCAAGUGGUGGGCCAACAACCACGGAGUCAAUAUGGCCAUGGCGUGGCCACAGUUUGAGGAGUACACGGAGGAGUUCCGCGAGAUCGCGAAGGGCAAGAAGGAGUCGCUGCCCACCGCGCCCAUCACGCUGCUCAACCAGAGACCCGUCAGCGAGGACGAGCUGCCGCCGAUCACAAACAACAAGAUGGCGACGAAGGCCAACCACGAGCCGCCGCCAGCCAACCACAACAAUACUUCGAACGCCAACAAUACGAACAACGUUAUCAAGAAGGAGACCAUCAGCGCACCUAUUGCUGUCACGAACGGCACGGCCUCCGCACCAAAAUCCAACAAGAGCUCCCCGGCUAAAGAGCCGCCCGGCAAGCCGCAGGAGAACCCGUUCGACGAGGACGAGUGGGACGAGGAGUCCGGCGGCGCGCUCACCGACACCGGCGAGCCGGGCCAGCCCGUGCGCGCGCUGUACGACUACACGGGCGCCGAGAGCGACGAGCUCAGCUUCAGGCAAGGCGACCUAUUCGAGAAACUAGAAGACGAGGACGAGCAGGGCUGGUGCAAGGGCCGCAAGGACGGGCGCGUCGGGCUCUACCCGGCCAACUACGUGGAGCCCGUCGGCCACUAGCCGGCGCCGGCUGCACUCGUACAUGGAGGGACCUGUGCACUGUGGAACGACGCAGUACUUGUGGUCGAACCUAAGAAUUUUCUGUUUUUCAAUGAUAACUUUUUAUCGUGUCGACUAAAAAAAAGGUAGAAUUUGGGAGGUAUAGUCCUGAACAGAUUCCCAAUAUCCUUACAAAAUUUCAUAAAUUUAUGUUAGUAUAGUAAAAAUUUAUCGUCGAAAAGCAGAAAUUUCUCAUGUCCAACCACAAGUACGGCGUCGUUCCACAGUGCUGCGGAUAAAUUGGAUCCUGCAUCUAGGUAAUUCUGUUGAGGUGCGAACAAAACCUUGAAUAACGGUACGUUAAAAUUGAUGUCUCUAUUCCUCAUGAGAACCACCAUGCAGAAGUAAAUACAAAAUGAUAUAGAUGUCAUAUUUCGGACUUAAACGGAAUUUCCCAGACGCAGCAUCCAGGAAUGUAAGGUCCUUGAUGAUGUACGUCCAUGUCAGUACGCUCUUGUUCAAGUUACGUCGCCCAUCGACAUGCUAUGAGCGUGACGAGAGAUUCAAAAUUGACGCCGAGGACGGAGCGAGCCCAUCUAUGUAGCCAAUUGCUAGCACAACCAGGUUUAUAGUCCAUAUUGGAAUAUUUAUACCAUUCAUUUUAUCUAAGGGUGAGGACGCGCACUUAAUCAGGAUAGCCGUGUCGGAGUCAGCUAAAUUCAGUUUAAAAAUAAAAACAAAUAAAGUAACUCCGUCGUUCAACCAAUACUGUGUUACAAGUUUUAAGUUAAGCGACUCAAAUAUCUAUGGUUUUUUUUUUCAUGGUUGUAUAAUCGAUACACUUUGAAUUGUUUGAAUUAUUUAUUUAAGAAUAUGUUUGGGUUGUGCUAGCCAUUCGUGUUUUCUCUAGAGGCCGUAAUUUUUGCAAAGCGUUUUAAUUACGUUGAAAUACAAACAUUCGUACAUCGGCUAGGUAUUUUGAAUGUUAAAUACGCAGUUGCAUAUAAAGUGUUUGGUGUCUUAGCUUUUCUAUAAAAGUCUAAAUCAGGAUGUGUCAAUAGAAGUGGCCAAUAAUGUGUGCAUUAUUUCGUAGUAACCUCAAAAUUUAGUUAUUUUAACGGGAAAUUAAAUAGUAAAAUGUCUAUAUAAUAUCAGUAGGGCUUUCAUUGUUUCCAUUUUUUUUUCGAUUAGUAAUUUUAUAACCUCAAAUGUAGUGGUAACUUUGCUCCUCCAAAAUUUAAUCGGAGUAACUAUGCACUGAAUUCUAGUGUCGUUUACAUAUUAUUGUAUCAUGGGAACCUUAUCAUUUCGGAAGAAAAGAUUAAUUACCUUUACUUUUGAGGUUAGAAAAAUACUAAUCUUAAAAAAAACGGAGUAUAGGUCAUUCUGACCUUGGUACUGAAUGAUAGAACAGUGGCCUUAAAAGGUCGCUACAGUUUUCGCUUCGAGUACGCUGCGACAACUCUAAAAGGGCUACAGUUAUACCAACAUUAAAUGAACAAAUAAGUUUGUCUCGCUCUCGCCUUGAAUAAAGUGAGAUCAAAAACCGCUCUUUAAAUUCAUUUUCUUUUUCGCUGCUGUUUUGAAUUUAGUGUUUUUUUUAAUAAGCUUCUUAAAUUUUAUUUUUCUUAAGCCGGAAUUAUAUGAUUAAAACAUGACGCUACGUUACCCGACGCAACAGCGUGUUGAGUGUCACGUUUUAAUAAUAUGUUUCUGGCUACUGUUCCUCAAACAGCAUUGAAUUUAAUGAAUUUACUAAUACGACUUAUGCCCUUUUACUAAUACUAAUACUAAAGCGACCAGCGUUAAUAACCGAAAAGUUCUUUCCUUCAGAAUUUCGGUUUCUAUUUCAAAAACGACAUAAAAACGCUAGUCUUUCAUUGUUAAUACUAUUUAAAUCUAGCGUUUACAACGUUGUUUUUCAUAGAAAGGUAACGCUUAUCGCUGCAAGAUUUAAAAUGAGUUGGGAGUUCCGUUUUUACCUUACAGUUGCACACUGUAUAGUCUAAAUGGUUCCCAAAAUGGGUUUGUUCCUGGUUCGUCGUAUUCCUGUUUCGUCGGAUUCCUGAUUCAUCGUAUUCUUGUUUCGCCGGCAUUAUAUACAUAUAAUUGAAUAUGUCGUGCAGUAAACCAGUAUUUGCUAAAUAUGAAGAUUUACUGCACGACAUAUUUAAUUAUACGUAUAUCAUUCCGACGAAACAAGAAUACGACGAAUCAGGAAUCCGACGAAACAGGAAAUACGACGAACCAGGAACAAACCCCAAAAUAUAGCUCACGUAGUUUUUAGGUAAAACUUAAGAAAUGACUCUUGUCUAUGUAAAUGCAGAAGGGAUAUUUAUUUAAUGUCAACUUGUGUAAAAAUACACGUUACUUUUACAUAAACGAGGGACGUUUCUUUCGAGCUAUGCACCCGUUCGAGCGAGGCUAAGACCGCGCGAUAGUCAAUAGUAUAACGACAGGUGAUGUGUUAAGUACAUUAAAUUAGUGGUUAUGUCUCUUUGUACCGAUUAUGGAUAACAAUAUAAAUUCACAUCGAUAAGUUUCGCCGUAAGCUUUAAAUUGUCUUAUGAUGUACCGAAUCCGAUCACUUGCAUAAACGAUAAUCGGAAAUUCAACUGCGGAUAUUAUUGUAUCGAUGCUCGUCUCAACAUUUCAAUUGAUAUAUUUAACUAUGUUGAAUGUUUAUGCAGUGUACAUUUUCUGCCAAAAAAAUUCAAAUUAUGACGAAUUGCUACACACGUUAGUUCGGGAUCGAAGAUUUUUGUGCAAGUUGAUUUGGAACUUUUACCAAUCAUUUUAGAGAUAUUUAAAAUUGUGACUCGCCAACCAAGACUUUAUUUCUGACGCAUUUGGACCCAAAAGUUUUUUACGAUUUCUAGACUUUUCUAUUGUAUAAUUUUGAAAAUUUUUUAGACUGUCCACGGGUGGGAUUCGUAAGAGAUAUUUUUGGACGAAAUUGUUUGUACAAUGUGGAAACCAAAAAUGUUAAUUUAAACUUUAGUGGCAUUUAGUGGUGUAUGGACACGAUAAUGCACCGUUCCGAGGCCGUGGGUGGACGCGAUUAUAUUUUGUGAUAUGUGGGUGCGGUUAUGUGUACAUACACGAUUAUAUAUUUUGUCGUGCAUAUAAUAUAUUUAUUUCCCAUUGUAUAUAAUGUAUAAUGAUAGCAAGUAAUGUGAAGUUCAUGUAAAGGGGCGGUCGCAAAGGUAUGUACGGAUGGCGGUUACGUCUGAUUUCGGCCUAGCAUUGCCUCCCGAGUAGUUUUAAAUAGUGAUAUCGAUUAAUAUAUUAUGAAAUGUUUACGUCAAGGGUGUUUCUCCUUUUUUACCUGCGGGCCUUUGGCUUGCUAGUUAGUCGUAGCUCGUUUUUUUGUUAUGGGUUCAGUGACCUCUUGUGCAAAUUCUUUGUAUUAUAUUAUUAUCAGAGUCAGGUGGCUUUGGACCACGUAUGUUAAUAUAUUAUUAAUAUUGGUAAAAUAAAAAUUGUUACAUAUGA